GGGGCAGAGCUCGGCGACGGGGCCGAGUGGAGCGGGGCGAGUGGAGCGUAGCGGGGCUGAGGGCUGUCGGCCGGCAGGAUGCUGGAAAUCCAGCUGGACGAUGGCGGCGUGGGGGGGUACCCGGGCGACGAUUACUGCUCGGGGUCGGUGAUGUCGGAGCGCGUCUCGGGCCUCGCCAACAGCAUCUACCGCGAGUUCGAGCGGCUGAUCCACUGCUACGACGAGGAGGUGGUGAAGGAGCUGAUGCCGCUGGUGGUGACGGUGCUGGAGAACCUGGACUCGGUGCUCACCGACAACCAGGAGCACGAGGUGGAGCUGGAGCUGCUGCGGGAGGACAACGAGCAGCUGCUCACGCAGUACGAGCGGGAGAAGGCGCUGCGCAAACAGGCCGAGGAGAAGUUCAUAGAGUUUGAAGAUGCACUGGAACAGGAGAAGAAAGAACUACAAAUCCAAGUGGAACACCUUGAAUUUCAGACUCGACAGUUGGAGCUGAAGACCAAAAACUAUGCAGACCAGAUUUCUCGACUGGAGGAACGUGAAUCAGAAAUGAAGAAGGAGUACAACGCUCUGCAUCAGCGUCACACAGAGAUGAUCCAGACCUACGUGGAACACAUUGAGCGAUCCAAGAUGCAGCAAGUUGCGGGAAAUAACCAAACUGAGGGCAGUGUCCCUGGGAGAAGUCAUCGUCAGUCAUGGAGGAAAAGCAGGAAGGAACGUCCCAGCUCCCUGAAUGUCUUCCCCCUCGCUGAUGGCAUGGUACGUGGGCAGAUAGGGGCCAAGAUCAUCCCAACACUGGACCACUGGCACCUGAGUGACCUCGGCCAGCUGCAGUCCAACUCCAGCUACAAGUGCCCCCAGGAUGAAAUGUCCGAAUCUGGGCAGUCCUCAGCAGCUGCCACGCCAAGCACCACGGGAACCAAGUCCAACACUCCCACGUCAUCUGUGCCCUCUGCUGCCGUCACCCCUCUGAACGAGAGCAUCCAGCCCAUCAGCGAGUACACCAAUGGCACCACCAAGAGCAAUAAGAGGGCACGAGAAAAGCGGAACAGCCGGAACAUGGAAGUCCAGGUCACACAGGAGAUGAGGAAUGUCAGCAUAGGGAUGGGCAGCAGUGAUGAGUGGUCCGAUGUCCAGGACAUCAUUGACUCUACUCCAGAGCUGGACAUGUGUCAGGACCCCCGCCUGGAACGCACGGGUAGCAGCCCAACACAGGGGAUUGUGAACAAAGCAUUUGGCAUCAACACAGACUCCCUGUACCAUGAACUGUCCACAGCUGGGUCCGAGGUCAUUGGAGAUGUUGAUGAAGGAGCAGAUCUGCUAGGGGAGUUCUCAGUGCGGGAUGAUUUCUUUGGAAUGGGCAAAGAAGUGGGGAAUCUGCUGUUGGAGAACUCGCAGCUGCUGGAGACCAAAAAUGCUUUGAACGUUGUGAAGAAUGAUUUGAUUGCCAAGGUGGACCAGCUGUCUGGGGAGCAGGAAGUGCUGAAGGGGGAGCUGGAAGCAACAAAGCAGGCCAAAGCCAAAAUAGAAACCAGAGUCAAGGAGCUGGAGGAGGAGCUGAAGAGAGUGAAAUCCGAAGCCAUCGUUGCCCGACGAGAGCCCAAAGAGGAGGUGGAGGAUGUAAGCAGCUAUCUCUGUACAGAAUUGCAGUGCUCCUCCCCUCUACAGGACAGCAUUCCCAUUGCCCAGCGCCGGCGCUUCACCCGCGUGGAGAUGGCCCGAGUGCUGAUGGAGCGCAACCAGUACAAGGAGAGGCUGAUGGAGCUCCAGGAGGCUGUCAGGUGGACAGAGAUGAUCAGAGCUUCCCGUGAGCACCCGUCCGUCCAGGAGAAGAAGAAUCCACCAAUUUGGCAGUUCUUCAGCCGUCUGUUCAGCUCUUCCUCCAGUCCCCCCCCAACAAAGAGGACCUACCCCUCUGUGAAUAUCCACUACAAGUCUCCCACCACAGCGGGGUUCAGCCAGCGGCGCAGCCACACCAUGUGCCAGAUCUCCUCCGGCAGCCGCACCCUCGAGUUCUUCCCUGACGAUGACUGCACGUCCUCGGCACGCCGGGAGCAGAAGCGGGAGCAGUACCGGCAGGUCCGGGAGCACGUGCGGAAUGACGACGGGCGGUUGCAGGCCUGUGGCUGGAGCCUCCCAGCCAAGUACAAGCAGCUGAGUCCCAAUGGUGGUCAGGAAGACACUCGCAUGAAAAACGUCCCUGUGCCUGUGUAUUGUCGCCCACUAGUAGAGAAGGACCCAACCAUGAAGCUGUGGUGUGCAGCUGGAGUCAAUCUCUCAGGAUGGAGACUUUUGGAACCGGAGCCUGGGAAUGGGCAGAAAUUGGAUCCUGGGCGUGAUCCCCUCACCUGUGAUAGGGAAGAGGAAGGCGAGAACAACAAAAGUAACCAUACAUCUCCUGAGAAGAAAAAGGCAAAGGAGCUCCAUGAGAUGGACGCCACAUCCAGCCGUGUCUGGAUCCUCACUAGCACCCUGUCCACCAGUAAAGUUGUGAUCAUUGAUGCCAACCAGCCCGGCACUGUGGUGGACCAGUUCACUGUCUGCAACGCCCACGUGCUCUGCAUUUCCAGCAUCCCCGCGGCCAGUGAGAGUGACUAUCCCCCGGGCGAGAUCUUCCUGGAGGGGGAUGUGAAUCCUGAGGAGUCGGCUGGAGCAGACGGCGUCUUGGCAGGGAUCACACUGGUGGGCUGUGCGACCCGCUGCAAUGUGCCACGAAGCAACUGUUCCUCGCGUGGGGACACACCUGUGCUGGACAAGGGACAGAGUGAGGUGGCUCCCGUCUGCAAUGGCAAGAUCAACCAGUCCCAGUCUACUGAGGAGGCAACAGAGGCUACGGAGGUCCCGGAGAGCAGUGCCAGUGAGGCAGAGCCGGCGCAGGCCCGGCCCGGGCCCCUCACCGAGCAUGUGUUCACAGACCCUGUCCCGGCACAGGCACCCAGGCAGAACGGGGAGAAUGGGCAGCUGAAGACGGAGCCCAGCACAACACUGCCAGAUCAAGAGCCAACCAGUGAUGCUGCUGGGACCUGCACCAGUGCUGCCCCCACCAUGUGGCUGGGAGCUCAGAAUGGCUGGCUUUAUGUGCACUCGGCUGUGUCCAACUGGAAGAAGUGUCUGCACUCAAUAAAGCUGAAGGACUCUGUGCUGAGCCUGGUGCAUGUGAAAGGGAGGGUCCUGGUUGCUCUGGCAGAUGGAACACUAGCCAUAUUCCACCGGGGAGAAGAUGGCCAGUGGGAUCUCAGUAAUUACCACCUGAUGGAUCUCGGCCACACUCACCACUCGAUCCGCUGCAUGGCUGUGGUCUACGAUAGAGUCUGGUGUGGCUACAAGAACAAAAUCCAUGUUAUCCAGCCAAAGACGAUGCAGAUUGAGAAAUCUUUUGAUGCCCACCCUCGGCGAGAGAGCCAGGUGCGACAGCUGGCAUGGAUUGGAGAUGGAGUUUGGGUUUCCAUCCGUCUGGACUCCACCCUGAGGCUCUACCAUGCCCACAGCCAUCAGCACCUGCAGGAUGUCGACAUUGAGCCUUACGUCAGCAAGAUGCUGGGCACCGGAAAGCUGGGUUUCUCCUUCGUGCGGAUCACAGCCCUGCUCAUCGCUGGCAACCGCCUUUGGGUGGGCACCGGGAACGGCGUCGUCAUCUCCAUUCCCCUGACAGAGACUGUAGUCCUCCACCGAGGCCAACUCCUUGGGCUCCGGGCCAACAAGACCUCACCAACCUCUGGAGAGGGCAGCCGCUCCGGUGGGGUCAUCCACGUGUAUGGUGAUGACAACAGUGACAAAUCUGCCAGCAGCUUCAUUCCCUACUGCUCUAUGGCUCAGGCACAGCUCUGUUUCCAUGGACACCGGGAUGCUGUCAAAUUCUUCGUCUCUGUGCCUGGUAAUGUCCUUGCGACCCUGAAUGGGAGCGUGUUGGACAGCCCUUCGGAGAACCCCAGCACAGCAGCCACCGAGACCGAGGGGCAGAAGUUGAAGAACGUCCUUGUGCUGAGUGGAGGAGAAGGGUACAUCGAUUUCCGGAUCGGGGAUGGGGAAGAUGAUGAGACAGAGGAAAACGCAGGAGAUGCCACACAGGUGAAGCCAGUACUUUCCAAGGCUGAACGGAGCCACAUUAUUGUGUGGCAGGUAUCAUAUAUCCCUGAGUGAGAAUUCCUCCUUCCCCUCAAUGUAAGUGUCCCUCCUCCCGCCUGAAUGCCAAGAUGUACAUACAGAACGCCUGCAUUAUAACUCCUGCUGGAAACUGACCCCGGACAACUGCAACGGCUCCUGCCUCAGACUGUGACCCCCUCAGAACUCGCAGCUUUCAUCUCGGGCCCGUGUGCUUUCGGCAUGGUUGGAUUCUUGUUCUGCUCUGGAGCUAGCAUCUGCAAGGAGAGAAAUGGCAGCGCAUCGUGAAGUGAGCUUGGAGCCAGGACUGUGGGAAGCCUUUGCCCAGCUAGAGCGGGGUGGCUCAGGUUCUCGGGCAGGUUGCCUCACUCCCACCUGCAUGAGAAAGAAGUGUGUCCCCAGGCAUCCCCUGCAAAGCACUGGUGGUGAAUCACUUCUACAGCAGCCCAGCAGAAAUCCCUUCUAGUUCACCAGUGGACUCUCCACCUUAUCCACCCUUAAGCACAGAAUAACAUCGCAUGGACUGAGAGCAGAUAAGUCCAAGGAGGCCUCAGUAGAAAAGAGCAUCAUGGUUUGGGCAGCCCUUUUGCUGCUGGGCUGGAGGAGGCAGCAGCACCAUUACGGUGGGGUUCAUAUCCUCUGUCCUUGCAGUGGGAAGGUCCUGUCCUCUGCUGCUGCUGUUGUCUCAGCAGUUGUGUGCUGGGUACCUCUGUGUGUGUGUCCCAAGAGGAUUGUUUGGUGGCCUCAGAUGGCAAAUGGGUGUUUGAUUGUGGAGGCCACAUGGCUGUGGUAGCAAAGGGGUACUGGAACACUGCUUUUUCAAGAGCAGAAAAGGCAACACCUAACUCCCCCUUCUAAAAAUGCCAGGCAGUAAAGAACUCCCGAGUUGGUUCUGAAAGUUAUCUCUGCAUUGCAUUUGGUGGCUUUUAAAACACAUGCGAGGGCAGAGGGUGGUGAUCUGCUGUGAAUUCUCAUUAACAUAUUGACACUGCUUUGACUCAAGGCUAUGUCCCCUUCCCAGGAACUGCUGGAAGGAGAUCUCUGUUUUCACAGGAAAACAGAUCGGCUGUCAGUUAGGAAAGACUGGAUGUGCAGUCAAGGUACAGAAAGGCCGUGUCUCACCUGAAGUCACAUAGAAAAAGGAAUCGAGGACAGAUUUCCCAGCAUCUUUUAUCUAACACUAACUGUGUUAGUAAGUAGUUUAAAAAGCUGGAAAUUUCUGACUCCUGAAAAAAGUUGACAGCCCCUUAGAGAAGUGGUGACGGCCCUCCCUGUGUAAGCACUGCUGGGCGAUGGCAGAUGUGCAAAAAUGCGGGGCAAGGGAGAGUGGUUUUGAGCUCAAGGUGCAGAAUGUGGCAGCUCCAGGUGUAGAGGCAAUGGCUUGUUCCCCCUUUCUGUCAGCAGAAACAGUCCCAUCCAACAAGGACAAGUUCCAUGUCCCCAGAGGACUCCUUUCUGAAUGUGCAGGACUAGGGCAAGUCGCAGUUGUUAGUGAUGAAUUUGGAAGCUCCUGGUGGUCAUCUUGUUUCUUCCCUAGCUGUGCAGCACUCUGGGGUUCACAGGGCCAUCCUUAUGACAGUAUAGGGACAGCUGGGCAAGCCUCCAUCUCCCAGAAAGCUCACAGCUGUGUCCUGUGCUUGCUGCCACGGACCAGGCUGUUCACAAGGCUUGUGGUCUAAAGCUCCUGCUGUGCUGCAGGGAUGCCAUGUUCCCAGGUGAUGCUCUAACAGGUGGCAUCUCUGCUGAUGCAGCAGCACUGAAACGAUUUUUGGAUCCACAGUUCAGGAAAGGCUGGGGCAUACAUUGCCCCUGUAAGGAGGCAAGCAACAUCUCUGGUGAAUAGAGGCCUCAGCCAGCUGCAGUGGUGCCCAUGCUGCCUGUGAGCAGUGCUGGUGACACACCACCCACACCGGUCCUCCCCAAGGCAGGAAUCCAGCCAGAGAGAGUCUUCCAGGCAUCGGCACACUGGGCUCUGUGGCUGGCACUGGGUUAAGGGAUACCUGGAGUCACCAUCUGCAUGUGGGGGGACCUUUCACCGGGGACAUUUCACUGGGCCACUGCUGACCAUGCCAGGCUUCUCAUUCACUUUCCCCAUAUGCUUUCUGCUAGGAAGAGUUCUUUGGGUCCCAACACAGUGCACUGAAGUUAAGAAUAUAACAUUUAAAGCACAGAUUCCACUGUCAUGUAACAGUUCAUCAGUUAGGGCCAGAUAAACUUCAGAAUUUGAGCUAGUUGAAGGGGAAAAAAAAAAAAAAGAAAAAAAGCCCUGGUAGAGUCCAGUUCCUUCACUCUGUCAACUUUUUUGUAGGAAAAUCAGAAUUGUAACAUUUGUACUUCUGACUGUUUGUUCUGUAUCUGGUUUGAGCAGUUGAAAGGGCAGCACUUGGUCUCCUGUCACCCACUGGGCUCUGGCAACAUGAGGAAAUCAGUCUGGGGCCUCUACCACCAGGUUCCUUUCCAGCUCGGUGCAUGUUUUCCUCCAAGAGAAGCACAUGGCCCAGAGGGGCAGCUCCAGGGGGGAGACCCGGCCUCUGCUGGCAGCUUCUGCAGCCUUGGGUGGCUGCUGGGCAUCAAGGUGAGAACUGACUGGCUUCAGCACACUUCCCUGUCAUAUCUCCACUGUGAUGUAUGUAAAGUAUCUUGUAUGUUACAAAAGGAUUUUAAAAUGUGUCUCAAGGCCUGUAAACUCCGCUGUUCGGACUGAAGAUGGCAUUCUGUAAAGAGCCUGCUGUAUGAAUACGUUCCCAUGCUUUGUCCCCUAUGCUAUCAACAACAAACCAUAUCUGUUCUGUAUGUAAUAAACGUGUUAACAUCA